AUGGAACGGAACCUCUUCCACCUGUCUGACCAUCCUCGGCAUCGAGGUCGACUUCCUCGUGAUGGAGCUCAGACUUCUGCAGGAGAAGUUAUCCAGGCUCAUCGACGCGCUCACUGAGUGGCGGAGCAAGCGCUCGGGCAAGCUCAAGGACCUGGAGUCUCUCGUAGGCCUGCUUCAACACGUCUCGCAGGUCGUCUGCCCAAGCAGUGUUUUUCUGCGGCGCCUGUACAACCUACUCGUGCAGACCGGCUCCUUCAAACCGCAUUUUUCAGUGCGCCUCAACGGCGAAGCCCAGGCAGACAUCGAAUGGUGGUCGACCUUCCUGUCCACGUGGAACGGAACCUCUAUCCUGCGGCCUCUCAGAGCCACUAACCCAGACAUCGAGGUCUGGUCAGAUGCGUCAGGAGGUUCGGGCUGUAGCGCAGUAUGGCUGACGCAAUGGCUGCAGGUUCAGUGGGGCUCGCUGUUGAUCAUGUCGUCGAGCAUUGCGGCUAAGGAACUCUUCCCAAUUCUCGUGGCCGUGGCGAUCUGGGGCGGCUCGACGGUCCGUUUCUAUUGCGACAAUACGGCAGAGGUUCUCAACCGCCAAGCUGCCAAGGACCCACUUAUCUGCCACCAGCUA